AACCCAAAUCUAGCCCAUUAAAAAGGUUAUUCCUAGGGUUUAUCUGACUCCUUUUCUUCUUCUUCUUCAUCACCUCACUGCCUCCCUCCACCUUCAUAGGCGAAAGAGCAGAAACCCUAGUUUCUUGUUCACCCCACUUCUGCGAAAAUGGGUAUUUCUCGUGAUUCUAUGCACAAGCGGCGUGCCACUGGAGGAAAGAAGAAGGCCUGGAGGAAGAAGCGAAAGUAUGAGCUCGGAAGACAGCCAGCUAACACUAAACUGUCAAGCAACAAGACAGUUAGGAGGGUUAGGGUCCGUGGUGGUAAUGUCAAGUGGCGUGCACUGAGGUUGGAUACCGGCAACUUUUCAUGGGGUAGUGAAGCUGUGACCCGCAAGACUCGUCUUUUGGACGUCGUAUACAAUGCAUCCAACAAUGAGUUGGUUAGGACCCAGACUUUGGUGAAGAGUGCCAUUGUUCAGGUUGAUGCUGCACCAUUUAAGCAAUGGUAUCUCCAGCACUAUGGUGUUGAGAUUGGACGCAAGAAGAAGGCUGCUGCAGCCGCCGCCGCCAAGAAAGAAACCGAGGAGGGUGAGACCGUAGAGGAAACUAAAAAGAGCAACCAUGUAACAAGAAAGCUAGAGAAGCGCCAGGAGGGCCGCACUUUGGACUCUCACAUUGAAGAACAAUUUGGUGGUGGUCGUUUGUUGGCCUGCAUUUCAUCCCGUCCUGGUCAAUGUGGUCGUGCUGAUGGAUAUAUACUAGAGGGCAAAGAACUGGAAUUUUACAUGAAGAAAAUCCAGAGGAAGAAGGGAAAGGCUGCUGCUUAAUAAUUUUCCGCUGUAGAAUCUUAGUCAGAGAUGAGAGUUAUAUUUUUCAAUUUUGGUUGAUAGUCUUGUCGAGUUUAACUCUGGUAAUUGGUCCAAAACAUUGUUUUCUGUGUAGUGUGAUGCUUUUGUUAUUUAUGCUGCCUCUAGUUAAACAAACCCCUGGCCCCAAAAUUUAACUCGUACAUUUUAUUUCAUGGUUGAUCAAUUCAGCCACAUAUACACUUAUUUGUUGGACGUGUUAAGUAGUGUUGUUUUGAACUUGA